AAAUUUCUCCCUCGCUUCCUCGGUCACCUGAUUGGAAAAGACAGCUGUUUCCCGCCGAUUUCUCUACAAGAAGAUGUGUGCUUUGCAAAACUAGGUCCCCGACAACUAUUUGUACUGGUUUACUCACAGAAAAUCGUUCGACAAGCCAACCCUUUCAGCUUUCAGAUCCUGCAACUAACCACAAAGUCGAAAAAAUGUCCGCACACACUCGAAACACAGGCAAACGAAAAUCUCUGGACGAUAGCUUUGGAGACGAGUCUUUGAGUGAUUUUGAGUACAGGAGCGUCAGCCCUGAAUCUGAUCGUGAUCGUGAAAAACGUCUGAGGCGGGAAAUUGCAAACUCGAACGAGCGACGAAGAAUGCAAAGUAUAAAUUCUGGUUUCCAAGCGCUUCGAAUGCUAAUCCCGAAUACAGAAGGCGAGAAACUUAGUAAGGCCGCUAUUUUGCAGCAAACAUCGGAAUACAUUUUUACACUAGAGCAAGAUAAGACCAAGCUGUUACAACAAAAUACCACGUUGAAGCGUAUUUUAAGUCAAUGCGAGCGAGAGGGGUCGAUAAAAGGCGAAGGAAUUAUCCCAAGGAAACGAAAUCGCGCCGGCUCCGGGCCGGACAGUUCUGAUUUAGAAGCACGUGGUUCGAACGACAAGGAAAGACAUCAGAGAGACGAAAACUCGAACUCAAUUUACGAAGAUGAUUACGUCGAAGAGAUACAAAAAGAACUUAUUGAAUUGCGGUGUCAACUGGAGAAGGAACGGCGCCUUCGGAUAUCUUUGGAAGCACAGAAGCAGAAGUUAGAAUUUGACCUCAAUGAUAUCAAGCUGAAAACAGAAAUUAACUCGAGCAAAACACACGCUAGCGGUCAUCAAAGCCUGGAUACGAUUGUACAGGCGAUUCGGCACUUGGAAGGCAAAGAAACUGAAUGCGAUGAAACGCCAAUGAAAUACAAAUCUGAAAUGCUUGGAAGCAGCUCAGAGUUUGCAUCUAGACGGCUGAUAGUUUAGCUGUCAUUUCUUAGUGAACCAAUUUUAUACAGCUACAGCUGAUAGACUAUUGAUUCGAUUGUUACGAACCAGCAAAGCGGAACUGUAGGAAUUUGCAACAUGUACCACAGAUUUCCACGGAGAACUUUUAUACCCACAUUUUAAGCCACGGAAUAGUUUCAUUAUUGUAGUGAUGCACAUUUUGAAGCGCUUGUUUUUACAUAUUUAUUAUAUUGUAAAUAAGGACAAGAUCAAAUCCAGUUUUAAAUCACAUGACUUUUUUAGCACUUUGGCAUAAUAAUUGUAAAAAGUUAAUAUAUAGAUAUACAUAAUUCAGAAAAUUGGUACUAAUUGGUCAUGUAGUUUUUAUGUAAACAGCAUUUAGAAACGUAGCUGUGUAAAACAGAACAAAUUAAGGGAUCUUGUUAAAGUUAAAAAUAUCAAAAUUAUUUUGGAAUGAUCAUAUAUUCUUAUAUUGGGCUUAAUAUCUACAAAUAAAAUACUUAGAUCAUCUCUUUAUUUCUAGUUUCUUUACCAAAUUGGCCCUUGAACCAGCUCCUUUCAUGAAUUUUUUUUACCUUAAAAGAUCCCUUAUGGAAAAUGAUUUGUCUGUAUUUCAUUUUUUCAUUUACAUGUAUUUGAGGUUCAAAAGGCUGUAUGCAUAUUCCAGCCUUUUUAAAACGAAUGUAAAAAGAAGUGUACAGUCUAUAAAUUAUUAAAACAAAUGCUUGGUUA